GAAAUAUAUUUUGAUACAGCCGGUAACUUCUCUACUGUCUUGGUCUUGUGAAAAGCAUUUCAGUUGUACGGCACAUCUUUUGGGUUGUCUUCGCCCUUCCAGUCGCGACAUUGGUUUCAAAUAAUUAGCCAGAUAACGAAGGCUGGAUGCCUUUCUUUCCUGUUCGGCCCAGCCUGGAGUGACACUAUGGAUGAGGAAACCCUGGAGGGCGCCAUCUCUACAUAUGAAGCUCAGCUGCAGCAAGUGGAUGCCACUCUGGCUGCUGGCCUGGACCCCUCCCAGCAGAGUGACCUGCUCAAACUGAAAGAGGACCUGUGUCAACUGAUAGAACUCACCAAGGCCAGCCUGCUGUCUUUCAGAAAGAGUCUGCUUCUGGCUUCCCUGGAGGACACUAGUGGAGUGCCGGGCAAUGCGCAAAAGCCUCCGGCUGACACAAAUGGCGUUUUGGAAUCUGAGUUUGCUGCUUUCUACAAUGAAGUUGGGGAGUUUUCGGGGAAUAGCUCUGAUUUGAAGGAACAAGAACAGGACACUGAUGAUUUUGUAGAAGAUGAAUGUGAAGAAGAGGACGGGGAUGAGGUAGACACACUGAGUGGUACCAAAGUAAGAGCACCUUACAGGACGUCGUGGGGGACUCUGGAGUACCACAAUGCCAUGGUGGUCGGGGCAGAGGAACCAGAUGGAGAGGAGGCACAAGUUCGAGUUUUGUACAUUUAUCCCACGCAGAAGUCCAUGAAACCAUGUCCAUUUUAUCUCGAGGACAAAUGUCGCUUCCAGGAUAACUGCAGGUUUUCCCAUGGUGAAGUGGUAUACGUGUCAGAGCUCAGAGACUUCCAGGACUUUGACCUCAGUAACCUUGAGGAAGGCUCGUCCUGCUUGACUCGACAUGAGGAUGGCAUCUGGUACCCGGCCAGAAUCACAGACAUCGACAACGGUUUCUACACGGUGAAGUUUGACUCACUGCUGCUCAAAGAUGCUGUCGUUGAAGCCGACUGCAUCAUUCCACCGCUGAGAGAAGAAGACCCACUCUCCUCUGACUCGGACCAGGACGAUGCCGAAUAUGAUGCAGCGUAUGCGAAAGUUUUGGGCUCCGGCGGUGAAUCGACUGCAAACAACGCUUCCGUUUUUGGAGGUUGGGAGGCUCACACAAGAGGCAUCGGAUCCAAGCUAAUGCUCAAGAUGGGCUAUGAAUAUGGCAAAGGUUUGGGGAAAACGCAGGAAGGUCGAGUGGAGCCCGUCAUGGCGGUGCUCGUACCCAAAGGGAAAUCACUGGACCACUGUGCCGAGUUAACUCUGAGACGCGCUCAGAGCAAACCAAACGAUGGCGUGAAAACAGGCCGACCAAAGCGUCGGCGGAAGCCGCGGGAGGCCAACGGUGAGCGCAGAACUGUCUUUGACUUUCUUAACUGCAAGCUCGGCGCCAAGGAGCGUGCCGCUUCCGAGGAGGGGGCGGCAACGGCCGCUGGGUCGUCCUCAUUUAACGGGGUGGAGGCCUACAAGGGUGGAAAGAACACCAAGAGGAGUCUGAAUGUGAAGCUGUUCCAGAUUGCCGAGAAGGUGUCACAGACUGAGAGGGAGAUCCAGAACCUGACACAGUCGCUCAGCAGGCAAACGGGCAGGGACGCGUCCAGAGUGAAGCAGCUGGAACAGAAGCUGUCGGACGCUCGUCGGCUGCUGGCCCAGCAGAAGGCCCAGGAGCUGUGCAUCCAGAGAGAACAAAACAAAGCGAACACACACAAGAAGAUGACCGAGUUCUAAGCUCUCUUCAACUUUUUUUAGGAGUUGUAUCGUAAACCAAACAGAACAGCAAAAUGAGAGCUCGUUUGCUUUCUGUCACUAUUUGCUGGAUUUUGGUGUGUACAGAAAGUAUCAGAUGCUCAUUUUUGUUUGUCGUGUGUUUUUAAUUUCUUCACUAAAAUCAUGAUUUGGAGAAUGUU